UGCAAACGAGCAAUCAUUGAGUGCACGGGCAGCUUUGCAGCGACUUGCACGCUCGUCGCUUGCGCUUAACAUCGAAGCCGACAAACAAUUCGGCUGUAGGAGGGUUCACGUCGUUGCUCUUUAAAUUGCUGCGCUCUGACCAAGCAACCAAAAAAAAAAAAAAAAAAAAAGGACACAACUGUGAGAAUUUUUGGUGGUUGUUUUGCGCAAACUCGCGGUGAUAAUUUAAAGUUAAAACUUUAGUUAUUGUUGGGAGAAUGGCUGACAGUGCAGCGGCAAACAGCGACGGUGAGGAUGGACCCCGUGAGCCCAUGAGGGGCUUCGCCCGUCAAGGAGCCUUGCGUCAGAAGAACGUCCACGAAGUGAAGGACCACAAAUUCAUUGCGCGCUUCUUCAAGCAGCCCACCUUCUGCAGCCACUGCACCGACUUCAUCUGGGGUUUUGGCAAGCAAGGAUUCCAAUGUCAAGUGUGCUGUUUCGUGGUGCACAAACGUUGCCAUGAGUUUGUCACGUUCUCCUGCCCAGGAGCUGAUAAAGGUCCAGCUUCAGAUGAUCCGAGGGCUAAGCACAAAUUUAAGGUCCACACCUACUCCAGUCCGACUUUCUGUGACCAUUGUGGCUCUCUGCUCUACGGCCUCAUUCACCAGGGCAUGAGAUGUGACCACUGUAUGAUGAACAUCCAUAAGCGCUGUGUGGCCAAUGUGCCGAGUCUGUGCGGUACCGACCAUACUGAGAGGAGAGGACGGAUUUACAUCACUGCUGAGAUCAAGACUAAUGUGCUCACUGUUACCAUCAAGGAGGCCAGGAAUCUUGUCCCAAUGGAUCCCAACGGUCUAUCAGACCCGUACGUGAAGCUUAAACUGAUCCCAGAUCCUCGCAGUGAAAGUAAACAAAAGACCAAGACCAUCAAGUGCUGUCUCAACCCCGUCUGGAAUGAGACCUUUAAAUUCCACUUGAAGGAGUGCGAUAAGGACCGCCGCCUCUCCGUGGAGGCGUGGGAUUGGGACCUGACCAGCCGCAAUGACUUCAUGGGAUCUCUGUCCUUUGGCAUCUCGGAGCUGCAAAAACAAGGAGUGGAUGGAUGGUUUAAGAUGCUCUCCCAGGAAGAAGGCGAGUACUUCAACGUUCCCGUUCCGCCGGAGGGGGAAGAGGGCAAUGAGGAGCUUCGGCAGAAAUUUGAGAGGGCAAAAAUUGGUCCGAGCAAGAACACUGAAGGCAAAUCGGCCAACGCCGCCCGCUUCGACUCCAACGGCAACCAAGAUCGCAUGAAGCUGUCCGACUUUGAGUUCCUGAUGGUGCUGGGAAAGGGCAGUUUUGGCAAGGUGAUGCUUGCAGAGCAUAAAGGGACCGAGGACCUGUACGCGAUCAAGAUCCUAAAGAAGGAUGUGGUGAUCCAAGAUGAUGACGUGGAAUGCACCAUGGUGGAGAAAAGGGUGUUGGCGCUGUCGGGAAAGCCGCCCUUCUUAACACAACUGCACUCCACAUUCCAAACCAUGGACCGCUUGUACUUUGUCAUGGAGUUCAUCAAUGGCGGCGAUCUCAUGUAUCAGAUUCAGCAGGUCGGCAAGUUCAAAGAGCCCCAUGCUGUAUUCUACUCGGCGGAGAUUGCCAUUGGAUUGUUCUUCCUGCAUCAGAAGGGCAUCAUUUACAGAGACCUCAAGCUGGACAAUGUGAUGCUGGACAGCGAGGGCCACAUUAAAAUAGCCGAUUUUGGCAUGUGCAAAGAAAAUAUGAACGAUGGAGUCACCACCAAGACUUUUUGUGGAACACCUGACUACAUAGCACCAGAGAUCAUAGCUUACCAGCCUUAUGCGAAAUCGGUGGACUGGUGGGCCUUCGGAGUUCUGCUUUAUGAAAUGCUGGCCGGACAGCCGCCGUUCGACGGCGAGGAUGAGGACGAGUUAUUUCAGUCCAUCAUGGAGCACCAUGUCUCUUAUCCCAAAUCCAUGUCCAAGGAGGCCGUGGCUAUCUGUAAAGGGUUGAUGACCAAGCAUCCGGCCAAACGGCUCGGCUGCGCUCCAGACGGGGAAAGAGACAUUCGGGACCACAGCUUCUUCCGCUACAUGGACUGGGAGAAAUUGGAGAACAAGGAGGUGCAGCCGCCAUUCAAACCUAAAGCUAAAACCCGACGGGACACGUGCAACUUUGACAAAGAGUUCACCAAGAUGGCCGUCGACCUGACGCCCACAGACAAGCUGGUCAUCAUGAACCUGGACCAGGAUGACUUCAUGGGCUUCUCCUACACCAACCCGGAUUACGACGGUCCGAACUGAAGCCCGAGCGGAAUGUUGACGAGAGAGGUGACACGUGCUAGGCCAGUCCAUUCAACACAUAAAUGGUAUCGUCCAACUCGACUUGCACAAUACUCUGGUUACCAAAGACUUUCAAAGUAUUGUGUAAACUUAAAAAAAAAAAAUGUUUAUAGAAAGGAUGACAUCAUAUUGAAUGUAAUAAUAAAUAUGUUAAUAGUCUUAAAAUGUUAAUUGGGUUCCCUUUUCCCAUUCCGACUAUAUUGUAAUAAGAAUAGAGGUUAACUGCAUUGCUGGGCUUUUUACAAUGUCUAUUUCAAAAUGAUAAUGCAUUCACAAUGUGGUCGAGCAAAAGUGUAAUAUGACAAGGUCAAAAUGAAAAAAAAAAUUACAAUAGUUUUACAUUUUCAUCGUAUUAAUAGCUCCUUUGGUUUUACGAUACCUGCGAAGAGAUGACAAAGUGUCACCCAAUGUAGUGAAAUCGUCAAUCAAAAUCCAUUGCGAGACAUUGAAGUGCUGCCUCCACAAGUGAAAACACACGUCCCUCGUUUUCUUUAGAUUGCUGCGGGUUGCUUUAGAUCAAGGAGUUGCUUGGCCGUAGCUCGCUCGGGUCACCAUGGUAACAAAAUCCAUGCUCAGAAUUCUGCAGUGGAAGGGGCGGGGCCAAUGGGGGCUCAUUUGCAUGAGACAGAACCGCCCCUUUUAAAGCAGACGUAGUUCAGAGAGGCCAAAACGGAAGAAGUUCCUUCAUUGGUGUUCAACUUUGGAGCUUCUACUAUAUCAAAUUGAGCCAACUUUAAAGUAGCAAGAUGGAGAAAGUUCUCGUUUGGGGUGCCAGUGGAUUUGCGGAAACGGAGCUCUGAGCAUUUGGGCUGUUCCCUCAACUGCCCACAUCAACCAUGACUGUGCUCAUUUGUGCAUCUUGACCAUUGUUGCCUUUUUCAAUUAGCGGUCAUUCGUGGCACUUUGGAAGUGCUGACACAUCACUGAGGAAAAUGCCUAAUGAGGAAACUUCUUUGAAGCAUUUUGCCUCCCAUCCCCCCUUUAAUUAUUUCCAUUUGCUCGGUAAUCCUUGCUUCUGUGGAGGCCCACUGGGGAGCCGCAAAUGAUGUGAUGUCAAAAGGUUGCGGCGGUCACCAAUCGGGCCCCGCACAGCGGCUGAGGAGAUGCUUUGACAACUCCCAAAUGAGCCAUUUUGCAAACAGCAAUAACAUCAGCAAGGUUGCUGAUUCCCCUCCCCCCCCCCCCCCCUCCCAAACACAUUUGUGCGUGCGUGCAUAAAUAUAUGCAGAUAUUGAAUAACUGACGUUUGGAAGAUGCAAAAUAUGUGUGGAUUCAAGGCCAUGUUCUUUCAAAUUCAGCAAAUCUGCUCUCCGACACUUUUUACAGCGGACUGCCAGCACGCCCACUGCACUGCACUGCAGUUGAUCCACUCCCGUACUGUACUAGCUUGAUUGAGACUCGGAAUUAUUAAGUGAAGCGUAACAAGGCGAACAAUGAUGUUCUCUCCUGGAGGCGCAAGGAACACUGCGGGUCUGAUGCACACACUUAGGCGCAUGCAGGCACACACACACACACACAGUUUAAUGCAUACUUCUAAACCUGAACACAUUUCUUUACUGCCCUGUUUAGAAUUAUUGAAGAAUAUUUUUAAAAGUGAUCAAGACACUAUGAGAUUCUGAUUGUUUUGCAAAACUAGACUAAUUGCACAUCCUCUCCAGUAGGUGGCAGUGGCGUUCCCGUUAUCAGUUACGGGGGGAAUAUCGAACACAGAUGAAAAGAAAGGCAGAGUGGUUAAAAAGCAAUGUUAAAAAUAAACACGUUAAUGUUAUUUCUAGAGUUAUACUAUGCAUGCAUGUGUUUUUUCUCUCGUUCAUAUCUUGUACUAUAUAAGCUGAAUCGACCCGCUGUAAAAUGUCGAUGAACUGAUGGUUACGUGUUCCAUAUAUUGAGAAUGAUCAUACAUUCUGUGCUUCUUUUUGUACGUGGAUCCAUGUUAUUAGAGAUUACAGUUUGUGUACAUCUACAGUGUAGGGUAAGAGUCUUCCAUUAUGAUAGCUGAAGCUACACAUUUUUAAGAUAAUUAUUCUGGAAUUGCUGUCGAUUGAGAUAUUAUGACAAAUUAGCAAACAAGAAGAAAUGUUAAGUUCCCCAUCCGCGUCUUGUUUUAGCUUUAGCUCAACCUUCUUUUCCUCUGUGCGGUGGUCUCAGUGAACCUGAACUAGUGGCACCUUUUUAAAUUUCCCCUGCCCUGCCUCACGUGUUUUGAUUUCGGGCUAGCUGCUCAUGCUAAAUGCCAAGUAAAGAUACUGCAAAUGAAAAGUAGAAGAAUGUUUUGUUUCAUGGUUCACCAAUGAGAAAAUGUGUACUGUUGGUGUUUAUGGUUGUAGAAUAAUAAAUUAUUGUGAAAGGUCA